AUGGGGUUUACAGGAAAGCCAAGCAGGGGCUGUGGAGUGUGCCGCAGACGUCGUAUUAAGUGCGAUGAGGCCUCGCCUGGCUGCUCUUAUUGCCUGAAAAGGCAAAUCGUAUGCCCCGGAUAUCGGUCCCAGUUUGACGUUGCCUGGCGAAACCAAAACGUAGUAGCGGAGCAUGCAGUUCUCCGCAGGAAGAAAGCCAUCGACAAGGCUGAUCGUGACGGUGCAGCUAAAACCCAAGUAGAGCGCCAUGCCUCCCUUAGAAUCCCGAAGUCUUUACCCCAAGACUAUGAGCAAUAUGCCAUCAACUUCUUUCUCUCUUCAUACAUUCUGCUGCCGAAGGACCCCGGUGUACGUCGAGGCAUGUUAGACUGUUUGUAUCCAGUCUGGACUCGGAUUGAUUCUACGUCACCACUGAAGCCAGCUCUUACCGCAGUGGCUUCAUGUAUGCUGGAGGGAUGGUCCAGACUUAGGCCAGACAUCUCGGUAUCGCUUUCACGAUCACACUAUGUGAAAGGUGUAGCAGCACUAAGGGAAGCCCUGGAAGAGAACAAAGACAUUGGGGACGACGUACUUUUGGCAUCACUCAUGUUGGACAUGUACGAAGAGGUAGUAUCAUUCAUGACCGGGACGCGUUCUUUCAGUCCUCAUGUUCGUGGGACCACCUCAUUGAUUGCACAACGACGGAGGCGGCCAGUCACCAACAAGACAUCUCAAAGAGUUCUGCUUGGCGCACGAAGCCAAAUCGUGACGAGAGUAUUGGCUAAUGCCCAACCUGCUCCGUUUGAUCCAUCGGAGUGGAGGGAAAUAACGCCUAAUAUUCUAGAAACACCGGUACUCAUACUGGACGACCUUAAUAUUGACGUAGCAAAUAUCCACGCUGCCGCUUCGUGUCUCAACUCAGAGACUACGCAGAGGGACCUUGCGUGGGAAAUACUACAAAGGACAAUCGAGCUCGACCAACGACUACUAGCCUGGACAAGCUCCACAGCUCCAAUUUAUUGGAUGCCCGUCCGAGUCGCCGGUCCAGAAUGCAUCCCACAGGGAGUGCGCGACGCCGGUCUGUAUCACGAUUAUUGCCACGUUCACCAAAGCAUUUUCAUCGCCGCCACGCUCAACGUAUACUACACCUCGCGCAUCAAACUUCAGUUGGCAAUUCUCAACUGUCUUAAACAUUUGGAUUUUGCCGAUUCCGAUGCCACACGACUGACCACUUUGGAGAUCAUUCAAGAUUUAGCCGACAACGUGUGUGCCAGCGUGCCGUUUCACCUGGGGGAUAGAAGAGAGCCUACUCGCAUCGACGAUAAGGAUGUUCAAUACCCUCAUACUGGAGGGGACCCGGUUUCCGAUCAUCAUUAUGCAGCGGCGGCUGCGUAUGGCGGUUAUCUGCUCACAAGACCGCUAGUGGAGGUUCUCACCGCUCGCUGUCCCUUGAGGACUGGGCAACGAGAAUGGAUUGGAGGCCAAAUGCAGAGGCUCAAGCAGAUUUAUGCCAUUCGACCAAUAUAA